ACAGGACUCCAAAGUCUGUCAAUUGAGUUAUCACAUAAUAUUUUCAUUUUUACUUUCACAAAAUUCCAGUACUAUGAACAAAAUUACCAAAAGCGUCGAAGAAGUUAAAUCGGCCAUCAGUGACCAUUUCCUCGAAGCAAAUGCCACCGCGUCAAGUCAAGCUAAAAAAAUCGACACCGUCACAAAAAACAUCAAAAGGGAUCAUGAACAUUUGGUGGAUGUAGUAAAAAAAGCUCCCGCUAAUAACGUGAAGCAGGUUCAAAAAAAUUACAUGGAAAAAGGAAGUGAAAUGUUCGAUUUUCUUGCCGGUGCCACCGGUUCUAGGCGUACCAGUGUAGACGAUGAUAACAAUGAUACUGUGGAUGUCAAUUUGAGACAUUUAAAAGAUAUCGUGCAAACAGACCUUAAGAACUCCAAAGAGGAGAGUAAACAAUUAGUAGACACAACCAAAGCCAAACUGAAUAACUUUAUCGGUAAUUUAUUCAAGGAUCACUCAAGCAAAGGAAAUUUUUCCACCACAGCAGCAGUACUAUUUGAAAACUUUAACAAAAAACUCAAGGAUGACUUAAUAGAAAAAAGUUUAAACGCGCAAAGGACUCGAAGCUCAUUAUCACCAGAUCUGGCAACAAUUUUUUACGAUCCGAGGGUAAAAUCACAAGAAGAAAUCGAAGCAGAAAGGCUACUUCAGGAGUACUUCGAAGAAGAGAUUCUCGCUUUCAGCGAACAGUCAAAAAACAGCUUUCAAAACACAAACGAAAAAAUCCAAAAAGACAUUAGCGAGACUAUGGAAAAAAUUAAGAAAACUUUAGUGGGCAUUCAGGAGGUUGCUAAUAAAGAGACUGAAAAGGCUGACUCCAAAAGUUGCCGCAAUUUACCUUCAAAAAGUGAAGUGGCGCAGAACCUUAAUGACUUCCUUGGAAAGGCUGAACAGGAUUUCCAGAAGGUGCAAAAAACUAUGAAAAACGACGUGGAGGAUAAUAAGAAUAAAAUUAAUGAAAACGCCAAAUAUUAUGCGGAAAAGUUUUUGGGGAGGCAUUUUGGGGCACGCGAGGACGAUGAGAAUUAUGAAUAAACACUUAUUUCAUAUAGGUUUAAUAAAAAUAAUAAAAUAUUGUUAUUUAAA